CGGCUGUGGAGAGCUGGAUCUGCUCUGUGCUUGUCAUGGGCAAUGAAGUCUGUUCAGCUUUCAUCCAUAUUCAGCUCUCCUGCAGCUGUCACCUCUGACAAGCUUCACAGUGCACCUUCCCACUGGUUGCAUGUUUGCUGUUGAUUAUUGCCAGCAGUGCUGUGAGUACGGGGCUGUUUUCUUGGCCAGUACCGGUGUGAUCCUACAGAAACACACUGUCACUCACAGCAACAGCACCUGUAACCAUUUAAACAGUUAGCAGGGAGGCAAUACAUUAAUUUAGUCUAUGAUUAUAUGUUUUAUAACAUAGGACACUUACUGUGUGCUUAUUUUCUCAGGCAUGCACUGUGUGAAGAAUUCCAAGUGUGGCUUUCUGAUGUGACCCAGAUAGUGCUGGAGCCAACUAUUGACAUAUCCUGUGCUAAAUAUGAAUAUACUGAUGUCUUGCUGUGCCACGAUGAUGAACUGGAAGGUCGGAGAAUUGCUUUCAUCCUAUACCUCGUCCCACCCUGGGAGAAAAGUGACGGGGGAACAUUGGAUCUGUACAGCACAGAUGAACACUUUCAGCCACAGCAAAUCACCAAGUCAUUAGUGCCUUCAUGGAACACACUGGUUUUCUUUGAAGUGUCUCCAGUCUCUUUCCAUCAGGUGUCAGAAGUUGUGUCGCAGAAGUGCCGCCUGUCAGUGAGUGGUUGGUUCCACGGCUCGCCUGUGGCCAGACCUGCACGGCACAUUGAAGCCCCCUUGGCCAGAAGCCCACACAUCUCCUAUGAUCAUGAAAUAUUGUAUGAGUGGAUCAAUCAAGUUUAUUUGGACCUGGACUCCCAAGCUCAAAUCCAGGAGGAAUUUGAGGAGCGAUCAGAAAUUCUCCUGAAAGACUUUCUUAAGAAAGAGAAGUACCAACUACUAUGUGAAGCAUUGGAGAACAAAGAGAUCCACUGGAGUAGUCGAGGGCCAGCCAAUAAAAGACUCUAUGAGGCAGCAGAGGAACACAGCCUCCCUGACACCCUGAAGAAAUUCCUGCAGCUGCUUCGCUCUGAGGCCUUAUUUUUAUUGCUUUCCAACUUCACUGGCCUAAAACUGCACUUCCUGGCUCCCUCUGAUGAGGAUGAAGAUGCUGGGGAGGGACAAGCAGCAGACACCAGUGGGCAAAGCAGUCUCAAAUCUGAGCAGGAAGAGACUGAACAACGAGCCAAUGGCAAUCCCCAUCAGCCACACCAGCCUGAGAACACCCCUGAAGCACAGGAUGGCGAGACUCAGAGCAGCUCAGGAACUCCUGUGUGUGCGGGGGAGCUGCGACGCUGGACCCACGGGCACUACACUCUUGUCCAUGAUUCUCAAGCCACAGAAUUUGCUCUUGAUCUGCUCUUCUUUUGUGGCUGUGAAGAGUGGGAUCCUGAAUAUGGUGGCUUUACUUCCUACAUUGCUAAAGGUGAAGAUGAAGAGCUGUUGACAGUGAAUCCAGAGGAGAACUGCUUGGCCUUAGUUUAUAGAGACAAAGAAACUAUGAAGUUUGUGAAAUACAUCAACCAUCGAAGCUUGGCACGCCUGAACAAGCAUCCAAACAGAACAGGAUUUUGGGAUUUUUCCUUCGUCUAUUAUGAGUGAUGGUGUAGUAUGACCACUGUCACAGAGAAGAGUAGUGGGUGGUGGACAGGUUCCUACCCAGACAUUAAGCUGACAAACUUUGCUCAUGCAAUUCAAUCACACUGCUUAAUGGAGGGGGGGGGGGGGGGGGGGGGGUUUUUUUAACUGCAAAAAAGGAAAAUCAGACUUAUCCUGUGUCCAUUGUAACACACUCUCAACGGCUUUUAAGGCUCUGUGGUUGUCACACAACUUGCCAGCUGUUUUCUCAUGGGAGCAGCACAGUGGCAUCUCUGACCCAUCAGAGUGAGAAUUACAACUGUCCAUUGCCCCAAGCUGCUGACUGAUUUUAUUAAAAAAAAAAAAA